AUGGCGGACGUCGAGAAAGCAAUCAACCAGUUCUUUGCUCCCCCAGAUGCGCCUCUUCCCCAAGAUGUCGUCACCGAACUCUUGCACAUCAUACAGCUAAUGUCCUUGACACCGGAGGACCUCUACUACAAAUGGGACAGCUAUGUCAUACAGAUGGGCGCAGAGACGACCAAACUCGACUACAAGACUGUGCGAGACUUCAAGAAGACAUUGCAAGAUGCCUUGGAGCGCGACUCGAGGAAGGUGCACACGAGCCAUGCAGCUGCUAAGAGAACAACAGCCACACCAAGAGGAGGCACAGCUGGAGGAGAUGUGUUUGGUAUGCUUGAUGGCAUGGUGUCUUCAGCUCCUGCCUCACGGAUAAAUGCUGCGAAGAGGAAAUCCACCAACUUCGACACGCCGUCCUCGAAAGCCGUGCGAAGCGGCUUGAACAGCUCGCCAGCAGACAACAAAACACCGGCAGCGGUGGCAGCAAGAAAUGUUCCUACUGUUGCAUUUCAGGAUCGCAAGAAUGCUGGUGAUAUCGUGGAAUCGAUCAACUCACACCUUCCAACUGCUACACCAUCAGAAAUUCCUCCCGCAGAAGCACGAGUAAAGCUGAAGGCAGCCAUAGACUUGCCAAAAUUUGCAUACAAGCCGAUGGCCAUGAAACUGUCUGAAGCGUCGGAAAUCCUGGACGACCGGAUUGAUAGCUUCAUGGAUCAAGUGCAGAAGCAUUAUGAACUACCGGAUACAGCGUUUGGGAACCCAGCAGCACAAUCCACGGCCGAGAUCGUCACGGUGGGCAGAAUAGCGUGCGAUACACCGACUGGCAAGCUUAAUGCGGCCAGCAUGGUGUUGGAAACGAGUAGACGGAUGGGCGCGGGCAUGCGGGUGCCCUUGAAGAUGGGAGGUCUCGGAUUUGACUUCUUUCCUGGCAAGAUCGUGGCUCUGAAAGGGACCAAUGUCAGCGGGGAGUUCUUCGCAGCGACGGAAGUGUUUUCAAUGCCGAUGCUUCCACCAGCGGCGUCACGGACGGAGGACAUUGCAUUGCACAACGAUCGUUCGACUGGAGCGGACGGUGAGCCGAGACCUUUGAGCAUGCUGGUUGGCAGUGGACCAUACACAACCGACACCGACCUUUCUUUCGCACCCCUAUACGCACUGUUGGAAAAAGCAGAGUCCGACCGAUCGGAUGUGCUCGUAUUGACAGGACCGUUCCUGGACCUCGAGCAUCCCGUUGUAGCUUCUGGUGACUUCGAACCACAUCUGCCGUCGGAUGCAAAGAUACAACCAGACCAAGCCACAAUCCUCGAUGUGUUCAGAAUACUCAUCAGUCAACCGCUCCAAAAGCUUGCGCAAGCAGUGCCCACCAUAACAAUCGUGAUGGUCCCUUCCAUGCGAGAUGCCAUCAGCAAGCACGUCUCCUGGCCACAAGAUCGUGUUCCCAAGCCUCAGCUUGCCUUACCGCGGCAGGUACAGUUUGUUGCGAACCCUAUGGCGCUCUCAAUGAAUGAGAUGCUCGUUGGCAUGUCCUCGCAGGACGUGCUCUCGGAGCUGAGACGCGAGAAUGUCUACCAGGCAGAGAAAGGACAGGCAUUUAAUGAUGACCUUCUAGGGAGACUCUCAAAUCAUGUGCUCGAACAGAGCCACUUCUUCCCAGUGUUCCCGCCAGCAGCACGCGAAGACCUGCCAAAGCCCACAGCUAUACCCGAUGAAACGCCUGCGCCGGGUGGCGAGGAACGAGUGGCGAUGGGUGCCAAUAUUGAUUUGACGUACUACAAGCUCGGCGAGUUCUGGCAGGCCAAACCAGACAUGCUUAUACUGCCCUCAGUGUUGAACCCUUUUGCAAAGGUGAUCAACGGAGUACUGUGCAUCAAUCCUGGCACGCUCAGCAAGAAGCGAGGCGCUGGCACUUACGCGGCUGUGAGCGUGCAACCCCGAAUACUCUCGGACGAAGAACGCGAGUCUGGCGAGGUCGCUGGCCAUAAUCUGUACGAUCGCGCGCGUGUGGACAUUACCCGGAUAUGA